GGGACUUCGGGAAAUAAUUUGGAGAUGAUUUCUGCAGUCUCUCUGGCUCUCGUCAUCGACGACUGAACGAUUUUAGUGUAGGAAAAUCCAAAGUCUUUGAGACGUUGAGCAGUUCUUAAAGCCUGUUUUCUACCUGCUGUGAAACUAAAUAAUGGGUACUUCAGCAUCUAAAAGGAAAGGAGGUGAAUUAAAUGAAGGUGUGUAUUGUAGUAAAACCGACUCUGGCGCAGCGGAAGAUGUAGUGGAAGUAACCGUGUGCAGAGAAGACGAUUUAGAAAAUGGAGAAAUGAAAGUGUAUGAACUGGGUCAACAGGGAAGUGUCCUACUUGUGAAAGAGGAUGGAACUUUCUCUGCUCUCGGUACGAAAUGCACUCAUUAUAACGCCCCUCUAAUUAAAGGUGUGUUGAGUAAUGGUAAAAUAAGAUGUCCGUGGCAUGGCGCCUGUUUUAAUAGCAAAACCGGUGACAUUGAAGAUUUUCCCGGACUCGACAGUUUGCCGUGUUAUAGGGUUCGAGUCGAUGGCGGAGAAGUUAAAGUAAGUGCUUCUAGUCACGAAGUAGGGAAAAACAAGAGAGUUAAACCUACGUCAAAGAGAACCGUCGAUGAUAAGAGAACAUUCAUCGUCAUUGGAGGUGUGUGGUUUUUAAAUCAAUUUACAGGAGUUUUACCGUCGACAGAGUUCCUUGAAAAUACAAAUAUUAAACUAAAUACUUCAAAGCAGAUUGUAGUCGACGAGUAUAUGAAGACAAACGUGGAUGGCAUAUUUGCCGGAGGUGAUAUCGUCGAAUUUCCACUGACUGUAAUGGAUGCCAGAGUAAAUAUUGGACAUUGGCAACUAGCAAUGGCUCACGGAAGAUGUGCCGCACUGAACAUGCUAAAUAAAAAUGAAAAAUUGCUGACGGUUCCAUUCUUUUGGUCCAUGUUAUUUGGGAAGAGUGUCAGAUAUGCCGGAUAUGGAGGAAAAUUUGAUAAAAUUACAAUGCAUGGCGAUGCACAUAAAUUGCAGUUUGUUGCAUAUUAUAUAAGAGAAGGAAAGGUAGUUGCUGUAGCAUCUAUGAAUAACGAUCCUAUUGCAGCCAAGUUUGCUUCGCUUCUGCUUUCUGGCAAAGCGCUAACAAAAGACGACGUAGAAUGUAGUUCAGAAGAGUGGCCAUGAAGUACAUAACCGGGAAAAUCUGUAUAUAUGCAUUGUUAUAAAACACUUGCUUUUCUAAUCGAAUGAGUAUUUUUAACAAGAAGCUUAAACCGAAUUCUUUUGUUAAGCAUUCCA